CCAGCUCCGUCCACACAAUGACUCCCUACUAUCUCCUAACUCUCCUCCUAACAUUGUCAGCCAUCGAAGCCCACACCAACCAAACUUCUUGCAAUGGCUUCGAAUCCAACUUCGCCAUGAAAGCAGUGGUCGGCCCGUGGUAUGUGGUGGCCAUUAUACCGGAGAAAUUGUACCCGGAUAAGCCUGUGACGUGUUAUAUCGUGGAAUUCAGCGAGAUUGAUGAGGCUGGUCUCCGCUGGCUGGUGAACAAGACGGUCCACCACCGCAAGAACUUAACCGACAUCACCGGUACCAUCAUCAGGCAGCGGUACUACGCGGAGCACCCCUUCGACGUGUGGUCCAAGGCUGCUGGCACCAACGGCUGCUUCCAGCAAGUGCUGUCUUUGGACGCUGACAACAGUGAUAUGACAAAAGCCCUGACACAAGAGGCGGCAAUGCAGUUACACAUCAUAGACACCGAUGACGGGUCUGGACCAUACCUCGUGCAAAUGCUCUGGGGCAGGAUGAUUUCGGCUGUCAUCUACCGAAAACAUAAAGGAGUAACCCAAGACCAGCUAAGGCCAAUAUUCGAGCUGAUGAGCAAGUUACGGGGUCCUCAACGGCUUCCAAGGAUGUGCGAGAAAUACCAGAAGGAACCGUUGAUGUUUGUUUAGAAGUUUAUU